AUGAAUCGGCAAAGAGAGGCCGAAAAGGCCCUUCAUGAUCAAACCAACAUUCUUCCCUUUGCACAAUUGAUGAUUGUCUUCACGGGUCUCGCGAUUUCCUUGCUGAUCUGCAUGGUGGAUCAGAACGGUAUCAGUGUCACAUUGCCAACGAUAGCCCGCGAUCUCGGGGCCCAGAAUACCAUCUCUUGGGCCGGAACCUCAUCUCUGAUUGCGAAUACCAUGUUCACUGUGCUGUAUGGUCGGCUCUCAGAUAUCUUUGGUCGAAAGAUCGUGUACAUCUAUGCAUUGAUUCUACUCUGUAUUGCGGAUCUGCUCUGUGGUUUGUCCCAGAAUCCGGCUAUGUUCUAUGUCUUUCGAGGCUUGGCUGGUGUUGCCGGUGGUGGUGUUACCUCUUUGACGAUGAUUAUUGUCUCGGACAUUGUCACCCUAGAAAAGCGAGGCAAGUACCAGGGUAUUCUGGGUGCCGCUUUAGGACUCGGUAAUAUCGUCGGACCAUUUCUGGGAGCUGGAUUCGUCAUGCGGUCAACAUGGCGUGGUUUCUUCUGGUUGAUCUCUCCGCUGGCUGCUUGCUCUGCAGUCGCCGGGCACUUCCUCAUUCCAAAUACCGCAAACAAAGACAGCUUCCGGCACAACAUUGCCCGUAUCGACUGGUACGGAUUGCUUGCAUCUUCCAUUGGUAUCAUCUUCCUCUUGAUUCCCAUUUCGGGAGGUGGGUCCUAUUUUCCCUGGGAUUCAGCACUGGUCAUAACCAUGCUCGUUAUCGGAGGUUGUGCCUUCGUCGUAUUCUUCUUCAUUGAGUGGAAAGUGGCUCCGUUGCCGAUGUUGCCAGUCGUCUUCUUCAAGAACAAGGUCAUCUGUGCGAUUUUCUUGCAGCACAUACUGUAUGGUGCAGUCUAUCAGGCAAAUCUCUAUUACCUGCCAUUAUACUACCAGAACGCUCGUGGCUGGUCGCCAAUUGCCUCUGCCGCUAUGACAUGUCCUAUGGUUAUAGCGCAGGCAACUAUGUCGGUGCUAUCUGGCCAGUAUAUAUCACGAUUCAAGCGCUAUGGCGAAAUCAUCUGGACUGGAUUUGGAUUAUGGACCUUGGGCCAGGGUUUGCUGCUGUUAUUCGGUGCUCACACCCAUCCAGCUAUUCUUGCGGUCAUCGUAGCCGUCAUGGGCUCCGGCAUUGGUUUCUCAUUCCAGCCCACUCUUGUCGCCAUUCAAGCCCACUGCACCAAAUCACAAAGAGCAGUUGUGAUCGCAGAUCGCAACUUUUUCCGCUGCAUGGGUGGUGCAUGUGGCCUCGCGAUUUCUGCGGCAAUCUUGCAAGCUACUCUGCGCUCCAAUCUUCCACCCAAAUUUGCAUACUUGGCAGAGUCCUCAUUUUCGCUGCCUGCAAGGGGGAAUAUCAGCUCCUCUGAGUGGGCUUCAAUUCUGCUUUCUUACACCAAGGCUUCACAUGCAGUGUUCAUCCUGCAGGUUCCUCUCAUCGGUCUUUGUUUCCUGGCAUGCUCAUUUAUCCGCGAUAGAGGGUUGGAGCGACCAAAGGAGCCUGAAGAGAUUGAGGAGGAGAAGCGGAAGGCUCAAGAGGAGAAGGAUGCUGAGGCGGCUGUCUCUGAUCACCCCGAGGAGGAGGUCGACCACCAAACACACGCUCCAAUAGAGAAGCGUCAGUCUACGUCGACAAUUGCCGAAUCCUCGAUGCCACCUUCUCGGGCGGAGCCCAAUCCCCAGGCAUCGACAUGUAUGCACCUGGGCAUUCCCCGGAUUCUUCGAGGCAGACGAGUCCCGCUUCGCGAAUUCACAACCCGCGAAAACGCGGCAGGACCGCCGGGUGUUACGUGCGACAAGUCCAGUGUCCGGGAGGGGAGCGACCGCCAGAAUGAUUAUACAAGGCGUCUAGAGGAGCGCGUGGCAUUUCUUGAGCGCAAACUUGUUGAAUCCGAUCGACCAUCGGAUCAGAAUGCAGCCACAAAUGCUGCGCCUCCGUUCUCCCCACAAGGAGGCCAUGCGACGCCACACACGACUACCUCUGGACUCGACCACAAUCCUGUCGGGGAGAUUGUCGGUCUUCUUGCCCUGAGCUCCUCCGAGGCCCCUGCAUAUGUAGGAUCCAGCUCUGGUCUUUCGCUUGCUACCGACUUGGGGGAAAUGGUCCAGACGAGUGUAUGGAAUCAGUUCAUCUCAAGAAUGCAGCAGGAAAACAGCUCCACCAAUAGACCUCCUACAGCAGCGGAAGUACCGGGACCUUCAGAGCAGCCUACUACCUCCCAAGCCCGAGAUCGAUCAAGAGUGGAAGAUCUCUUGCCGGCCACAGUGGAACCUCCAACUGAUGAAAUGGGAACGAAAAUACUCGAGAAUUACUUUAACAGACUUCAUGCCCGAUACCCAUUUCUUGAUAGAAAACAAGUAUGGAAGAUCCACGAGGACCGAUGGCGCUUGGCGAGGACCAAGCGUGAGGAUCUCACUCGCUCUGAUCGAUUUGCUAUCUUCAAGCUCAAUUUGGUUUAUGCCAUAGGAGCAACAAUGCUCCAAUUGAGCGAGAAAUACGCAUACACUGCUCCUGAGCGCUUUUACACUGCCGCCUUACAGCAUGUUCCCACAAUGUGCGAAGCCCGAUCCAUCGACAACAUCGAGGCCAUGGUCCUCCUCGUCGUGUACCAUCUCCGGACUGCAUCUAACCAUGGCAUGUGGUACAUGAUUGGUCUUGCCAUGCGCACUGCCGUCGACCUAGGUCUUCACCGAAAAGCAAACGAGAGCAAGCUGGACCCAUUCACCACUCAAAUGCGCCGAAGACUAUUCUGGACCGUAUACUACUUAGAGCGCGUCGUGUCAAUGUCCCUCGGCCGCCCCUUCAGCAUCUCCGAUCGUCACAUCGAUCUCGACCUUCCACUAGAAGUAGACGACGACAUCCAAGAUCCGGCCCUCCUCGCCGCCCCCCAAGACCCAACAAAAACAACAACCCUAACAUUCGCAAUCUAUCUCUUCAAACUCCGCCGCAUCGACUCCCGCAUCCAACACAAAAUCUACCGCGCCGACCGCACCCUCUCCACCCUCCGCCCAAAAAUGGACCCUCUCUACCUCGAACUCGAACAAUGGAAAGAAUCCGCCCUCCGAAGAUUCACCGGUCCCGACCUCGACUACCCAAUGCUCCACUACCAUCGCGCCGUCAGACUUCUAAUCCAACCCUUCCUCCCUCUCCUCCCAAUAACAGAUCCCUACUACCAAAUCUGCAUCCUGGCCGCCGGCAACAUCUGCCAAACCCACAAACGCCUCCACCAAACCCUCGAAUACGGCCACUCCUUCCUAGCCGUGCAAACCGUCUUCAUGGCCGGCAUCACCCUCCUCUACGCCCUCUGGACACACACAGACCAAGUCUGGUCCGUCCGCAUGAGCAACGACAUCGGCGCCUGCUCGACCGUCCUCUUCGUGAUGGGCGAGCGCGCAGCUUGGGUCAAGAAAUACCGAGAUGCAUUCGAGUUGUUGGUCAACGCGGCUAUGGAGAAAUUGCAGGGGAACGAGAGGGCUCGUAAUGCAGGUAUGGCGGAGCUGAUGACCGCGCAGUAUGGGGUUAAUUGGAAUACCGCUGCGCCUACGGGUGGGGAUGAGAAGUUUACGGCUGUUGAUCCGGCUGGAGUGCCGGAUAACACGGGUGCCAUGCCACAGCCGCAGGGGUGGCCGGCUGUUGACUCGGAGCAUGCGGUUAGGAUGGCGUUGCAGUUGGCGCCGUGGAUUGAUCAGGAUGAGAGUGAUCCGUUAUGGAUGCCGGAUUUUGAGACGUUGGAGGAUUUGUCGGGGACGUUUUGGAGUCAUCCUGAUACGAGGCUUUUUGAUCCUGUGUGA